CACCCUCCUGCACCAGGUCGUGGGUAUGCCCCUGUCGUGCCGUGUUUCACAUAGGCUUCAGGUUGGUACAUCGAAGCGCACUUGUCUCCCGUGCUGGCGAGGUUGACCCCGGACACCUGCGCGUCCAUGCCAAAGUUGUGUGGCUUCGCUCUGCUAUAUACCUGCCCGAUGCUUUUAAUGCUCUGCACGCGCGCAUUGCUCGACCCGCAAGACCGGAACUCCACCAACAACACCGAUAUCUACCUAAUUCUCAACAACACCGACGACUUCACGACUUUCAAAAUGGGUUUCCCUCUGAUCCUCGCUCUCCGCGCCGUCCAGGGUGUCUUCGCAGUGAUCAUCCUCGGCCUGUCAGCAUAUGUUGCCAACUGGUACAAUGUCGACACCCUGACCUCGUCGCCUUCUCAGGUCAACUUCUUGGUCUUUGUGCCUCUCUUCUCCCUGCUCUCCAUCGCGUACCUGGAGGGAGUGACCAAGUUCAAGCCCCAAUUCUCCCACCCAUGGGCCGUCCUCGCUCUUGAGGUCACCAACGUGCUCUUCUACUUUGCCGGCUUCGUCGCCUUGGCUGUCUUCCUGACGCACCUGCUCUUCUGCCGUGGCGCCGUCUGCGGCUCCGCCCGCGCGGCCACCGUCUUCUCGUCGUUCAACUUCCUGCUCUGGACCGCCACCGCCGCGCUCACCAUCAAGGACGCGCUGAAGGGGGGGUUCGCGGGCCUCCGCAUGGGCCGUGGCGCGGGGCAGGGAAUGCCGAUGCAGCAAAACGCCCAGAUGAAGGAGGCCGCUAUGGCCGCAUAAAGGCCUACUACGGCUCCGAUGGCCGCGGGUCGUUGUUCGGAUACGUCCCGGCUACUCCGCCGCCUCACGCCAUGCACAAGACUGCGUCCCUCGAGGUGACAGUCAAGAAGCUGUCCAACUCGUGGGACCACAGGCGGAGCACCCUCUCCGGCAGCGAGGACUGGGAGAUCGCCACCUUUGUCGGGAGCGAGGAGGAGGUGAUCGCGGGGAAUGGAUAUGGGCGUCGUGAUACCUGGUAGAGGGGGGGGGGUUCGCUAGAUGGGUUGCGCCAGCUGUGCUGUGUUGGACCAUUGACUUUGGAGAGGUAUAGAAGCGAUUUAAUGACUUGAGAAUCAUGGUUGGAUCAGGCUACGGGCUUGGAUUAGCAUCUUUUACGUAUUGCAAUGACAGGCCUAUGAAUAUUUCUACAUAUUUACA